GUUCCGGUUCCGACUCCUGAGCCGCUCGGUACGCAGCCAUGGCGUACUCCACCGUGCAGAGAGUGGCUCUGGCCUCCGGCCUCGUCCUGGCCGUGUCGCUGCUGCUCCCCAAGGCCUUCUUGUCCCGCGGGAAGCGGCCGGAGCCGCCGCCCGGUCCGGAAGGCAAAUUGGGCCGAUAUCCACCCAUGAUGCAUCACCACUCAGCACCCUCAGAUGGUCAGAUGCCAGGGGCACGUUUCCAGAGGUCUCACCUUGCAGAGGCCUUUGCAAAGGCCAAAGGAGCAGGUGGAGGUGCUGGAGGAGGGGGCAGUGGAAGAGGACUGAUGGGCCAGAUCAUUCCAAUCUAUGGCUUUGGGAUAUUUUUGUACAUACUGUACAUUCUGUUUAAGCUCUCCAAGGGGAAAACUGCAGAAGAUCGGAGCUGUUCCACUGCCCCACCCGGAAACACUCACAGGAAGAUUACCAAUUUUGAGCUUGUUCAACUGCAAGAAAAAUUAAAAGAGACAGAGGAAGCCAUGGAAAAAUUAAUCAACAGAGUGGGACCUAAUGGUGAGAGCAGAACACAGACUGUGACUUCUGAUCAAGAGAAACGAUUACUACACCAGCUCCGAGAAAUCACCAGGGUCAUGAAAGAAGGCAAGUUCAUUGACACAUCUACUCCAGAGAAGGAAGCCGAGGAAGCGCCUUACAUGGAGGACUGGGAAGGUUACCCUGAAGAGACUUAUCCAGUGUAUGACCUUUUGGAUGGUAUGAAGCGCAGGCAGGAAACAAUCCUGGUGGAUUACCCUGAUCCGGAAGAGCCCUCUGCUGAAGAAAUAGCUGAACGGAUAGGAGUGAUGGAAGAGGAAGGCUCAGAGCAUUUGAGCUGGGAUCAUUUGCCCACUGAUCCUAGAGCCCAGAAAGAUAGUUCUGUCGCCCUGUGUGGUCCUGAACCAGAGCCAUGCCCCUGCUGUGUUCAUCAAGAGGAGGACCCUGCUGUCUUGGCAGAGAAUGCUGGCUUCAGUGCAGACGGCUACAGUGAGCCGGAGGAAGCCACCAAGGAAGACUGGCCCCAAGACUCUACAAAUGAAGGGUUAGGGAUCAGCACUGUGAACACACACAUGGGUGGCAUGUUGAGGAAACGCAACCCCCAGGGUUUUGAGUGAAAGCAGACUGUUUGGGGAAGU